CUGGAUAAACGAUGCUGAGCUGGGGAAUUUCUUCUGUUAUAAAAUUUGGGAUGCCUCCACCGGCGGCCUUUUGAAGACACUCAUUGAUGAUAAAGUUCCGGCCGUGUCUUUCGCCAAAUUCUCACCAAUUGGGAAGUUCAUACUUGUUGCUACCCUUGACGACACUCUUAAGCUUUGGAACUACUCAACUGGGAAGUUCUUGAAGAUAUAUUCAGGUCACAAGAACGGAGUAUAUUGCUUGACGUCAACAUUCUCUGUGACGGGAGAGAAGUAUAUAGUCAGUGGUUCCGAGGAUCACUCCAUAUACCUGUGGAAUUUACAGGGUAAAAAUUUGGUUCAGAAACUUGAAGGACACAUUGAUACUGUCGUAUCGGUUACAUGCCAUCCCACAGAGAACAUGAUUGUUUCUGCAGCGCUUGAUAAUGACAGAAGUGUGAGGGUCUGGGUUCAAUACUAAUGCUUUUUAGAAGUGAAGAUUGGUUAGUUUCUUCCCAGAAAACUCUCUUAAGGGUUCAUGAUACUAAUCUUUGUUAUAAUGUUAUGUAUUGAGGGUUCUUUAGAUGUAUACUAUUUGUUUUUUCUUAACAUGUCAAUAUAAACUUUUGAAAUGUUAUGAAAUUUUGGUGCAUCAUUUAAUCGCCUGUUAUCGUGUAUGAUAUUACUUAGAUGAAUAAUGUUAUUUGCAGUUCCUUACUA